CUCUCUUCAAACCCUAGACUUUUUUCUCUCAAAAAUUAUUCUCUUUCCAGAAUUUCGUCUUUUUUUUUUCGUGAUGGAAACGGAACGCGUGACUGAACUGACCAUGGAUCGCCGACCGAGAAAGAGGCCUCGUUUGGGCUGGGAUGUUCUUCCUCAAGGUCCUCAGGCUCAGCUAGGCUUAUUUCCUGGACAAGAGAUUGGAAACGUGACGAGCUAUGCACCUUCAAGAGCCAUCUGGGACCAAUCUAGUUCUCUGUUUGUUAAGGGCUUGGCUCAAAAUGGUUCUCCCCCGUUGCGAGAAGAUGACAAAGAUGGGCAUUAUAUGUUUGCUAUUGGAGAUAAUCUAACUUCUCGCUAUAAGAUUCACAGCAAGAUGGGUGAAGGUACCUUUGGCCAGGUUUUGGAAUGCUGGGAUAGGGAAAAAAAGGAAAUGGUAGCCGUUAAAAUUGUUCGUGGAAUUAAGAAGUACCGUGAAGCAGCAAUGAUUGAGAUUGAUGUGCUCCAACAACUUGGUAGACAGGACAAAGGUGGCAACCGUUGUGUUCAAAUACGGAACUGGUUUGACUAUCGUAACCAUAUCUGUAUUGUCUUUGAGAAGCUUGGACCAAGCUUAUACGAUUUCCUACGCAAAAACAAUUAUCGCUCAUUUCCCAUUGAUCUUGUCCGUGAGAUUGGAAGACAACUGUUGGAUUGUGUAGCAUUUAUGCAUGAUUUGCACCUCAUCCACACGGACCUGAAGCCUGAAAAUAUUCUUCUAGUCUCACCAGAUUACAUAAAGGUUCCUGAUUACAAGGGUCUUUCAAGGUCAUCACCCAAGGAUAGUUCAUAUUACAAGAGAAUUCCAAAGUCUAGUGCUAUCAAGGUAAUAGAUUUUGGUAGCACUACAUAUGACAGGCAGGACCAGUCAUACAUUGUUUCUACUCGACAUUACCGAGCUCCUGAGGUUAUCCUAGGUUUGGGAUGGUCUUACCCUUGUGAUGUAUGGAGUGUAGGCUGUAUCCUGGUUGAGCUCUGCUCGGGUGAAGCAUUGUUCCAAACCCAUGAAAACUUGGAGCACCUUGCAAUGAUGGAAAGAGUUCUUGGACCACUGCCCCAGCAUAUGCUAAAGAAAGCAGACCGACAUGCUGAGAAGUAUGUUAGGAGGGGUAGGUUAGAUUGGCCAGAGGGAGCAGCAUCCAGAGAUAGUAUCAAAUCCGUAUUGAAGUUGCCUAGGCUUCAGAAUUUGAUCAUGCAACAUGUAGAUCACUCAGCUGGAGAUCUAAUUAAUCUAUUACAAGGGCUAUUGAAGUAUGAACCCUCUGAAAGAUUGUCAGCCGAGGAGGCCCUACGGCACCCUUUCUUUACAAGGGACCAUCUGAGGAGAUACUAAAAUUCUUGCAUGAUAUGGAAGAGGUGGGAGCUGAUUGACAUGCGCCAGGUCAAGCCGUGAACGUGAAGCACUAUGCAUGUUGGGAUGCAGACGAGAUGUGGUGCUCUAAUGAUCAAAGAAGCAGCAGCACCCUUGUAUAUAGAUCCAUAUUUGGGGGGAGUGGUUGAGGCCUUGAAUUUCCCCUUCAUCUCCCUUGUCUUGUAAUAGGCUUUUGGCUGGUUGUGAUUUUUUAUUUUUUAAUCUGACUCGCAUGCGAUGUUGAAUUCUUAUAACUACAGAGAUAGAUUUAACUAA